CUCCCUCGACUUUUGCUCCUCUUUACUCCUCCGUUUCUCUCUCGCCCACCAGUAGCCUCCUGGUCACCCAACAUCCCUCAUGUCCGCCUCAUACUCACCCCAAAAAAAUCCUCAGCACCAGCAACUUUCGUCCGAGCCGCCCCACGCCAGCUCCUCUGCUUGGAGCGGUAAUCUCGGCGAAGAUCCGGUCUUCAUAGGCAUAGUAUCCGCUGUGGGAGCAAGUGCCUUUACACUUUUAGGUGUUAUGGGCUACCGGAGGUAUUGGAGACGUAUCAAGAAUGCCGACUACGUAACGAGCGAGCUUUUAAGACGGAAAACCUGGGUCAAGGGUAUUGUGACGAGCGUCGGAGAUGGAGAUAAUUUGCGGCUAUAUCAUACGCCGGGGCCCUUCUUUCAAUAUCCAUUGAAGAUCCGUUCUGUACCUACAACUCAAAAGGGGCUGAGAAACGAAACCAUCAGUAUCCGUAUAGCUGGCGUAGAUGCUCCCGAAAACGCCCACUUCGGUAACCCCGCACAGCCCCAUGCUAGAGAAUCUCUCGAGUGGUUAAGAGCUACCAUCUUGGGCAAGCGCAUGCGUUGCCAGCUUUUGGCUAAAGAUCAGUAUAACAGAAUCGUCGCUGUGCCGUAUAUCUCCCGAAGGUUUUGGUGGGAUAGGCCUUUGCCUCUUAUGAUGUUAAGGGAAGGCAUGGCUGUGGUAUACAAAGCAGGAGGAGCUGAUUAUGGUCCAUGGGGUCUCGAUGAAAUGUUGAAAGUAGAGGCAGAAGCCAGAAACGCAAAGAGGGGUUUAUGGGCACUAAAGAAAUUCGAAAGUCCGGGGGAUUUCAAAGCCCGCAUGAAGCUAAAAAGUGAUGUCUCUGAAGAACGGCCUGAAGGGAAAUUGCCCUCAGGCUGGAUAGCACUGGUGAAGAGACUGAUGGGUCGCACUUGAUAACUGGGGCCUAAAUCUGUAGAUAAUAAUGAUGCCGGCAUUUUUUUAACCGAAUGAACAUGAAAACCCACAC